GUACAACGCUCAAUCGCCAAAUCAACAGAAAUCGCAAUGCCGAAGAAACGUGUUGGCGCAUUGGAAAAGGUGGAUGCAGAUCUGUAUGAAUCCUGGGUUUUUUUGCAUUGGAUUGGCAUCUAAACUAACCUUGACAGGCCCAAUCUUCAGUAUAAAAUCGGUCGAGACCCAAAGUAAGCUCCCCCUCACCUCGACCGCGACUUCUGCAUACUAAUUACUUGUACAGAUCUUAUACUGAAGACUUCCUCAAUCAAUAUGGCCAGUACCAAUCUCAACGCGAUAUCUUCAUGGCAUCGCCGACCACUGCGACUUCGAGCGGCAUCAUAUCCUUUCGCAACCUCAUAGAUUUCGUGGCGCAUGUCGCAGAUUGUUUUCCUGAGGACACCGCCGAAUUCCCAGAAGAUCUCAAAACAAUUCUCACGCUGCACCAUGCUCAGUUAGAGAGCGAACUGAGGGAGAAGAUAGUAGGAAGUUUGGUUUUAUUGCGCCGGAAAGAUAUCAUAGAUUCUUCGAGUCUCCUCAAUACCCUCUUCCCAAUUCUUGUGGCAACACCUAGCAAGACACUACGGUCGCUCCUUUUUAACAAAAUCCUCUCCGAUCUGAGAACCUCAAACCAAAAGGCCAUAAACCACCGUCUAAAUCGAACAAUACAAACUGCGCUUUUCAACCUUCUUACCUCCGAUCGAACAUCUUCAAAAGGAAUAUGGGCUGUCAAGAUUACGAGAGAAUUAUGGAAGCGCCAGAUUUGGACAGAUUCGAAGGCCGUAGAGAUCAUGAAGGAGGCAAGUUUGGCAGAUAACGAGAAGGUUAUUGGAAGUGGCGUACGUUUCUUUCUCGGUGGCGACAAGGAGCGAGAGGAGCUUGAAGAUGAGAGCAGCGACGAUGAGGCGAUCGAUGUGGGCAAACUCAAGCAUCAGAUUGGUAUAAACAAGAAGACCAGGAAAGGCAAGAAGUCGGUCGAGGCAGCCGUAAAGAAAGUAAGACAGAAUGAGAAGAAGAAAAAUGCACCACAUCCUCUGAACUUUUCUGCACUGCAUUUAUUACACGACCCUCAAGGAUUUGCCGAACAAUUAUUCUCGAAACAUCUGAAUAACGGUAAAUCAAAACUCAAUCUGGACCAGAAGCUACUUGUUCUACAACUUGUAUCGCGACUUGUUGGACUACAUAAGUUGACUGUCAUCAAAUUAUACUCCUACUUUACUAAAUAUCUUACUCCGCGGCAACCUCAAGUCACGUCAUUUCUUGCAUCUCUAGCUCAAGCAACACACAGCUUGGUGCCUCCAGAUGCCAUCGAACCUCUCGUACAAAAGAUCGCCAACGAGUUUGUCUCUGAGGCGUCAGCAUCAGAAGUAGCGUCCGCGGGUCUGAAUGCAAUCCGAGAAAUUUGUGUUCGGCAACCGCUAGCUAUGAGUGAUAUACUGCUGCAAGAUUUGGUCAUGUAUCGAAAAAGUAAGGACAAAGGAACAAUGAUGGCAGCAAAGGGAUUGUUAUCUCUAUAUCGAGAAGUUGGAGCCGAUCUUCUGAAAAAGAGAGACAGGGGAAAGAAGGCAACAAUGGGUAUCAAGAGUGGCACUAUCAAGGAGCGGAGGUUUGGUGAAGAUGAAGUGGGUGGAAUUGAAGGGAUCGAGCUGCUUGAGGAGUGGAAAGCCAACGAACGAAAACGAAAACGUGCCGAGACAGGACUACCAGAGUUGGGCACAGAUGAAGAAGACGAGGACGAGAAUGAAGCGGAAGAACAAGCUGGGUGGGAUAACUGGGACGCAGAAUCAGAUGCGAGCGAGGAUUCUGGGGGUUGGAUCGCAGUUGAAAGUGAUGAAGAAAUCAACAUCAGUGAUAGCGAAGACGACGAACCAGCCGCUAAGAAAAUCAAACUCGAUAAAUCUGCAACACCAAAUCCGGAUGCAGAAAAGGGAGAAACCGACCAGAAUCCUGAAAAGAAAGUCUCGAAACUGGCAACCACAAAGAUUCUCACCCCGGCUGAUCUCGCUAAACUUCAAGAACUUCGUCUUGAAGCAUCCAUCAACAAGACCAUGGGUGCUAAGACCAAGGCUCAAUCUGAUCGUAUCAAGGAAGCACUUGCACGUCAUGCAGAUGAUGCUCUUACAGCUGAUCAAAUCGAAGGAUUUUCCAAACUCCGAAAGAGUACCAAGGAGGAAAUGAUUGCCUUGGCUCGCGAAGGCAAAGGAGAGAGAGGCGAGCAUAAGAGCACACAGGCUAUAAGAAAAUCAAAGAAGGAAGCCGAGGGAAAGAGUACUACAAACAAGGAGAAAUCGAGGAAGAAGAAUUUCUUGAUGACACUUGGAAAGGCGAAGUACAAGCAAAAGAGGAGUUUGACGCAGACGAAACGUGUCCUGCAAGGCCAUAUUGAGAGGAGUAAGAGAGGCGGAAAACGAGGAAAUAUUGGAAUGUAA